ACCACUGAGCUAUAGGGGCUUGAUGUUUGGAAGGUGAGAAAUUAUUCUAUAGUUGUUUUGCUAAAACUCGAAAGCAGAGAAUUUUUUGAGGCAAGAGUCACAGGCGAGCAUUUGCUGGACUCACAUGGAUGACAACGCUUUCGAUCCUGAUUUGAUUCGCGCCAUUUUCAAGCUCGUUUGGAGCAGAAGAGCCCUCGAGCGUGAGAAAAAUGAAGGAGCUGAUGCUGUGGACUGCGAGGUAGGAGUUGGAACCUCUAAGAAGAUUCGGCCCACUUCUGCUAAUUCAAAUGCAGUAAAGCUGAGCUGUGAACUUCUCAGAGUUUUUGUCGCAGAGGCUGUGCAGCGUGCUGCUGCCAUUGCUGAAGCAGAGGGAGUUAGUAAGAUUGAAGCUACUCACUUGGAGAGGAUUCUACCACAGUUACUUAUGGAUUUUUGAAAAGGCAUAUAGAAAUCCUUAUGGAUUUUUUCUUUUUUCUUUUUUCUUUUUUAUAAUAGCCAUACAGAAAAUAUGGUUAUGGUUUUCUUUUUCUUUUUCCUUAUGCUGGAAUUCGUUCUUCCCAAAUUCUGAUUCGCAUAAAUAGUAACUAUUUAACAACACAUUUUUUGUACGUUGAUGUAAUGAAUCAGCAUAAAUGGUUGAUGUUCUCUUCUUGUCCUUAAAGAAGAGAGAAACUUUCAUGUCUAUACUAAAAUUUUCUCGUCUGCUUCUUCCA